CCAGACGGAAAACAAACUCGGGUAUUUAAGUCGACCUCUGUCCGCUCCCUCUCGGCUAUUUUUCUUCGUCUUCUUAGGCGGCUACCCUUCCUCCACGUCUCUUCCUCUCCAAGAUAGCUUCCGACAGAGAGGGAAGUGAAUGGAGGAUAAGAAUCAAGCAAUAUAGAAGAGGAAUUUUCAUUUGAUUGGAUUUUCUACGUGAAAAUGUCUUCUUCUUCGCCUUGGAUCUCUUCUCUUACAUGUUCAAGCUCUUCUAUUGAGUCAUCAGAUAGUUUCAAUCUCACCCUCCUGCUUCAAUGGUUGAGAUUCAUAUUCCUCUCGCCGUGUCCACAACGAACUCUGUUCUCCGCCGUUGAUAUCGUCUUCUUGCUCGUUCUCGUUGGCUUUGCAAUCCAUAAGCUGAGUUCUAGAUUCCGCUCUCGUGCGCAUUCAAAUUCGGAAAUCAAACCUGUUAUCAGAAACAACAGAAAGCAUGUCAAAACCAAUCUCUCUUUCAAGCUCUCUUUAGUUCUAACAGCCCUUUUAGCAAUCUCUUACACCGUCCUCUGCAUUCUCUCCUUCGCUAGAAGUACCCAAUUAUCAUGGAAGCUAACCGAAGCUCUGUUUCGGCUAAUCCAAGCCAUUACCCAAAUCACGGUUUUGGUGAUCGUCGCUCACGAGAAGAGAUUCCAAGCCAUGACUCAUCCAAUGACCGUUCGAAUCUACUGGGUGGCGAGCUUCCUGAUCUCUGUUCUAUUCGCCAUUUCCGCCAUUAUCCGUAUCAGCGUUCUUCACAUGAGUGGGAAUCAAGACCAUGAUUUGAAAAUCGAUGAUAUAUUUUCCUUAAUCACACUUCCAAUUUCCAUCAUUUUCCUCAUCUUUGCCAUUCUCGGAUCGACUGGCAUUACAGUAACGGAAUCCAAUUUAGAUGAAUCGGAAUCCAAACUGAAAGAACCUCUCUUGAACAAAUCGAAUGUGACUGCGUAUGCUUCUGCAAAUGCAUUCUCGAGAGCGGUCUGGUAUUGGAUGACUCCCCUCAUUAGCAAGGGCUACAAAUCUCCUCUCAAGAUGGAUGAAAUCCCAUCGCUCGCACCCGAACAUCGAGCCGAGUACAUGUCCCAGCUAUUCGAAUUGAACUGGCCGCACCCCUCCAAUAAAACCAACCACCCUGUACGCACCACCUUGCUCCGCUGCUUCUGGCCUAAUCUCACAUUCACUGCCUGCCUCGCCCUCAUCCGCCUCUGCGUCAUGUAUGUCGGCCCGAUCCUGAUCCAGCGGUUCGUCGAUCUGACCUCCGGCAAGAGCAAAUCCCCCUACGAAGGCUACUACCUCGUCCUAAUCCUCCUCGUCGCGAAAUCAGUUGAAGUCCUCUGCUCCCACCAAUACAAUUUCCAAUCGCAGAAGCUUGGAAUGCUAAUCCGAUCGACUCUUAUCACUUCCUUAUACAAGAAAGGCCUCCGCCUAACAUGCUCGGCUCGCCAGGCCCAUGGGGUGGGUCAGAUCGUGAAUUACAUGGCCGUCGACACCCAACAGCUAUCGGACAUGAUGCUUCAGCUACAUUACAUUUGGCUCAUGCCGCUCCAGGUAGGCGUAGCGCUGGGCCUUCUAUACUUCUAUCUGGGACCAGCAAUGACAUCAGCCCUUCUUGGGAUCGUUGCCGUCCUGAUCUUCGUCCUAUUCGGGACCCGCCGGAAUAAUCGCUACCAGUUCAAUAUCAUGACGAUGCGGGACAAACGGAUGAAGGCGACGAACGAGAUGCUGAAUUACAUGAGGGUGAUUAAGUUCCAGGCAUGGGAAGAGCAUUUCAAGAAGAGGGUAGAGAAUUUCCGGGAAUCGGAGUACGGAUGGCUGUGGAAAUUCAUGUUCUCAAUCUCUGGCAACAUCAUCGUGAUGUGGAGCACACCCGUCGUGAUAUCGGCUCUUACGUUCGGGACCUGCAUUUUGCUGGGCGUGGAGCUGGAUGCUGGAAAGGUGUUCACGACGACGUCCUUUUUCAAGAUCUUGCAGGAGCCGAUCCGGAACUUCCCGCAGGCGUUGAUCUCGAUCUCGCAGGCGAUGAUCUCGCUCCAGCGGCUGGAUGGGUACAUGAUUAGCAAGGAGCUGGAAGAAGGAGCUGUGGAGAGGGAGGAUGGAGGGUGUGAGGUGGCUGUGGAGGUUAAAGGUGGAGUGUUUGGAUGGGAGGAUGAUGGUGGGGAGGUGGGCCUUAAGGAUUUGAAUGUGGAGAUCAAGAGCGGGUCGCUUGCUGCCAUUGUCGGGACCGUUGGAUCGGGGAAGUCUUCUUUCCUGGCGGCGAUCCUGGGGGAGAUGCACCGGAUCUCUGGCAAGGUGAGAGUUUGUGGGUCCACUGCCUACGUUGCCCAGACAUCAUGGAUCCAGAACGGGACCAUCCAAGAAAACAUACUCUUCGGAUCGCCAAUGAACCGUGCAAGAUACAAGGAGGCGAUCAGGGUGUGUUGCCUGGAGAAGGACUUGGAAAUGAUGGAAUUUGGGGACCAGACCGAGAUUGGAGAGCGAGGUAUCAACCUGAGUGGUGGCCAGAAGCAGCGGAUUCAGCUUGCCCGGGCUGUCUAUCAGGACUGUGACAUCUACCUCCUCGAUGAUGUCUUCAGCGCCGUCGAUGCCCAUACUGGCUCAGAAAUAUUCAAGGAAUGUGUAAGGGGAGUUCUCAAAGAUAAGACCAUUUUGCUGGUGACCCAUCAAGUAGACUUCCUACACAAUGCUGAUCUCAUACUGGUAAUGCGGGAUGGGAUGAUUGUACAAUCAGGAAAGUAUGACGAGAUGCUAGGAUCUGGCACAGAUUUUGAAGUGCUUGUCACUGCCCAUGCCACUUCCAUGGAGCUGGUAGAGAAGGGCAACACUAUGUCCACUGACAAUCAGCAACAACCGAAUGCAUUUAAGCCGGCUAUGAAUCAAGGCCAAUCCAAUGGAGAAAAUGGGUCUGUAGACUCGCCCAGGACCGAAAAUGGGACGUCCAAGCUCAUAGAGGAUGAGCAGAGAGAGACUGGCAAUGUCAGCUGGCAAGUUUACAAGCAGUACAUCACAGAGGCUUAUGGGUGGUGGGGUGUGCUGAUGGUGUUGGGAAUUUCUCUAGCAUGGCAGUUGGCCCUCUUGGCGAGUGACUAUUGGCUGGCAUUCGAGACGUCGGACGCAGCCUCAUUUAAGCCAGUCUUGUUCAUUCGUGUAUAUUGUAUCAUUGCGGCAGUUUCGAUUGUGUUGGUGACAAUCAGGGCCUUUCUCCUCGCAGUUAUGGGGCUCCAAACAGCUCAGAAAUUUUUCAAGCAGAUUCUUAACAGCCUCUUGCGUGCUCCCAUGUCAUUUUUUGAUACAACGCCUUCUGGAAGGAUUCUGAGUCGGGCAUCAACAGACCAAACUAACAUUGAUAUCUUCAUCCCAUUCCUUGUGGGUCUUUCGGUUUCGAUGUACAUCACAGUGCUUAGCAUUAUCGCCAUCACGUGUCAGGUUGCUUGGCCCACAAUUAUACUCAUAAUUCCACUAGCUUGGUUGAAUUUCUGGUACCGGGGAUAUUAUCUCGCAUCCUCACGUGAACUGACUCGCCUUGAUUCGAUCACAAAAGCACCUGUUAUUCAUCAUUUCUCGGAGAGUGUAUCUGGAGUCAUGACGAUCCGGUGCUUCAAUAAGCAGGCAAGGUUUUCUCAAGAGAAUAUAGAAAAGGUCAAUGCAAAUCUACGUAUGGAUUUCCACAACAACGGAUCCAACGAGUGGUUGGGUUUCCGUCUGGAGCUAAUUGGGAGCUUCAUCCUCUGCAUCUCUGCUUUGUUCAUGGUCUUGUUGCCGAGCAGCAUAGUCAAGCCUGAAUACGUUGGAUUGUCUCUCUCCUACGGACUCUCUCUCAACAGUGCAUUGUUUUUUGCAAUAUGGAUUAGCUGCUUUGUGGAGAAUCGGAUGGUUUCAGUUGAGCGAAUGAAGCAGUUCUCAAACAUACCCUCUGAAGCAGCAUGGGAGAUCAAAGACUCUCUUCCUCCUCCAAAUUGGCCAACCAAGGGUGAUGUCGAUCUCAAAGCCUUGCAGCUUAGAUAUCGACCGAACACUCCUCUAGUUCUCAAGGGCAUUACUCUUAGCAUUCAAGGAGGAGAGAAGGUUGGAGUUGUUGGACGAACAGGGAGUGGGAAAUCGACUUUGAUACAAGCUUUCUUUAGGGUGGUUGAGCCUUCUGGAGGGAAAAUAAUCAUCGAUGGAGUCGACAUUUGCAAGUUGGGCCUCCAUGAUCUCAGGUCACGCUUCGGAAUCAUUCCUCAAGAACCUGUUCUUUUCGAAGGGACUGUUCGAAGCAACAUUGAUCCUAUCGGUCGGUAUUCAGAUGACGAGAUAUGGAAGAGCCUUGAACGGUGCCAGCUAAAAGACGUGGUAGCUGGAAAGCCUGAGAAACUUGAUUCGUUAGUGGUUGAUAGUGGUGAUAAUUGGAGCGUGGGACAAAGACAGCUCCUUUGUUUGGGACGGGUGAUGCUGAAGCGUAGCCGGAUUUUGUUCAUGGACGAGGCAACUGCUUCAGUAGACUCGCAAACCGACGGCGUUAUUCAAAAGAUCAUCCGGGAAGACUUCUCGGAAUGUACGAUUAUCAGCAUUGCUCACAGAAUACCCACAGUCAUGGACUGUGACAGAGUUUUGGUUAUAGAUGCAGGACUGGCCAAGGAAUUCGACUCACCAACCCGCUUACUUGAACACCGGUCGCUCUUCGCAGCAUUGGUUCAAGAGUAUGCCAACCGUUCAUCAGGUCUAUAGAAUGCUGCUCCUACCAUUGCUUUUAGGGCCUCGGCAUGCGUCUGCAGAAUGUCGUCGGAGGUGAUUGGUGUUCGAUUCGGUGACUGGAAUGAAGAUUUCACAAGAUAUCCAUUCUUUUUUAGAGUUAGAUGUCCAGAAAUCACAAAAUUUGAUUCUCUCACAUGUUCGUCUCGAAAGAGAGGUUUGUAGGGGCAAUUAUACCAUUUUUAAGAUCUAAGAACAUGAUUUUGUCAUUAUUCUACUUCAUUUGGUUACUUUGAAGCAACCUUGCAAAAGAACUGAUAUCAUUAUGCAUAUCUUAGUGCUUGGCUCAAUAUCCAGCUGUA